UUAUUUAUCCCGGGGUAAAAAUGGAGGACGUGCGGCCGCCGCCCCUGCGGCGCCUGGAUGAUUUCCUCCUGAGCUCGGCGAGGUUCGCGCUGCCCGACGUUCGCGACCUGGACCGCUGGAACAACCGCAUCAUCAACAACCUGCUCUACUACCAGAGCAACUACUUCCUGUCCGCGCUGGGCCUGCUGCUGCUCGUGGGGUAUUUCCAACCCUUCCAGUUGUGUGUUGGGGCAGUGGUGGUCUCCUUGUUGUUCCUUGGCUUUGUCUUGGCGGCUGAGAACCAAGCUCCCAUUCGCCGUUUCCGUAGAAACCACCCGCUGAUCUGUGUGUUGGCUGUCCUGGUGGCCAGUUACCUCUUCAUAUUGGUGCUGGGAGGCGUGGCUGUCUUCCUGUUUGGCAUAGCCUUCCCUAUACUGAUGGUUCUGGUCCAUGCGUCGAUGAGACUGCGGAGCCUCAAGAACAAGCUGGAGAAUAAACUGGAAAGCAUCGGUUUGAAGAGGACACCCAUGGGACUCCUGUUAGAGGCCCUGGGACAGGAACAGGAAGCUGGAUCCUAGAGAGGAAGAGGAGGAGGAGGAGGAAGAGAAGGUGUGUGCGAGUGUGGAGGAGGACAGGCUGGGUGCAGUCAGUGAGGAAUGAAAAGAGAAAUUGAGGUUAAGAAGUGGGUGGGAAGUUGGAAGAGGAGAGGAAGAACAUAGGCGGAGGAGAGAAUUACAUGCAGUGUAAGGAUGAGACCUACUCUGUGGUCCAAUAGGAAAACGACAGGAAUCAUUAUUAACAUGUUUAGAGCAUCCCUGACUGUUUCCUGCCAAAACUUGCACUUUCAUUGAUGGUCCAUUGUAUUAUAUCAUUUAUUUUGACACGACUUCUUUGUUUUUGCACUACAUACAUGACGUGUGCAGCACUGUAGUGUGAAGUGU